AAGCUUUAUAAACCUGCACCGCUUGCGAGGGGUCACAAAGUCUUGAAGAUUCUGUGUCCCUUACUUCUGCUCGCUUCAACCUCCCUUGUCCUUUCCUCUGUACCACUCCCUUUCCUCGUUCUUUUCCUACCCUUGGAGCCAGGAUCAUGGCAUCGAACAGUGCCCCUCCUGCUGACCUGGAUCGUCAUGAUACCUCUAAGUCCGCGGGGCGGACUUCGUUACCAGAUGAGGCUAACAAAUUGGGAGUCUACGCAUCCGCUCCAGGUGUAAUCGAGGAUGUAGUCAGAGUAACUGAUCACAAAGCUGAACGAGCUUUGUGUCGUCGUUUUGACCUGCGGUUGCUUCCUAUUUUAGCUGUUAUGUAUUUGUUCAAUGCCUUGGAUAAAGGAAACUUGGGGAAUGCUGAAACCGAUGGACUGAGCAGAGACCUCAACUUCAAAUCCAAUGAAUAUAAUCUCCUCCUCUCCAUAUUUUUCGUCCCAUUUGUGAUUUUCGCGCCGCCGUUUGCGAUGAUAGGGAAACGAUUUGGUCCCGCUCGUGUGUUGCCUGUCCUCAUGUUCAGCUUCGGCUCCUUUACCCUCCUGUCGUCUGCAACCAAGAAUUUCGGUGGCCUUUUCGCACUCCGAUGGUUUCUUGGAAUGUCGGAGGCGGCAUUCUUCCCACUGGUCAUCUAUUACCUGACCACCUUCUACCGCCGUGGCGAGCUUGCCAGGCGGCUCGCCGUCUUCUAUGCGGCAUCCAACAUUGCUAACGCUUUCUCGGGUCUGAUCGCUUUUGGUGUAUUUCAAAUCAAAAACUCCAGCAUACCGAAUUGGCGCUACCUCUUCCUCAUUGAAGGGGGAGUAACCGUACUCUUCGCCAUCUUUUCAUUCUGGUACCUCCCUCGCAGCGCGUCGGAGGCCAAGUUUCUCUCGGACGACGAAAAAGCCCUUGCCUUCCAUCGCAUUCAAGUCGACUCCAGUGCAGUAGUCAACGAGGAAUUCCGGUUGCGGGAAGCCAUCGGUAUUUUCAAGCAUCCUACUACGUACGCAUUUCUCGCCAUUGAAAUCUGCCUAGGCGUGCCUCUACAAGGCGUCGCGCUGUUUUUGCCGCAGAUUGUCCAACGGCUCGGCUACAGCACCGUGAAAACAAACCUGUAUACGGUCGCUCCCAAUGUGACCGGAGCAGCUAUGUUACUGGUGCUGGCAUUUUGCUCUGACGCGGCCCGUCUCCGAUCACCUUUUAUCGUCCUUGGUUUUCUCUUCACAUUCGCCGGAUUCAUGAUCUAUGCCUCCAUAAACGACGUACACGCACAGAUCCGAGUCGCUUACUUUGCAACGUUUAUGAUGACCUGGGGCACAUCGGCCCCAUCCGUUUUGCUGAGCACAUGGUAUAACAACAACGUGGCGCACGAGGGACGUCGCGUCCUCCUCACCAGUAUUGGUGUGCCAUUGGCCAAUCUGAUGGGGCUCGUAAGCAGCAACGUCUUCCGCAGCCAAGAUAAGCCCAAGUACAUGCCAGCAUUGAUCACGGUGGGAGCCUUCGGGGCUACGGGUGCUACGUUGGCAGGGCUCCUCGGGAUUUACAUGUGGCUGGAUAACAAACGGCGCGAUCGGAGAACAGGAGUUAGUGUCAGAGCGCAGGAUGUGCCCACCGAGCGAUUGAGGGAUGGCCCUGCCAGUGAUGAGUUCCGGUGGUUCCUUUGA